UGAUUUUACUUAAAGAAAUGUCAAUAAGCAAUGUCGAUAACUAUUAGUAAAUAAUUUAUAGUUGACAAAUAUGGAGUCUAUUAAGAUAACACCAUGACGUUUUGGCAGGGAUGGUUAAUAAUUCUGUAUAUUACACAAACAUCAGGGUAUGUAAACCUUCAAACAACAGACAACCCCUUAUGGACAAAGAAAUCUAGAUCGUUCAAACUGUCAUGUAAUGGCGAUAAAGAAAUGUUUUGGUACAAAGGUUCCGAACUCUUGGAAAGCAAUGACAAUGUAGUUAUCUCAAAGCAACGUCUGGUAACCGGAAGUACAGAGAAGCACGAGACGAAGAUUGCGAUCGACAAAGCCACUCCAACGGACAGUGGAACUUACAACUGCUCAGAUGGAACAGAACAAAAGAGCAUACAGAUCAAAGUUGUUCAAGGUCGUGUAAAGACAAAUCCCUCCAGUGGAAUAACAGCAUUUGAAGGUGAAACGUUAACUCUUGUUUGUGAGUAUGAAGGGGAUACCAGACUGGAUGUAAACUGGUACAAAGACCAGAAAGAAUCACUAGCUAGUCGCGGAUUUGUGUCCAGCAGACGAACAGUAUCCAAUCAGAAUGUUAAAACUACCUUACAGACAACUAAAACCCGACUCUCAAGUUCUGAUAGAGGUUCUUAUUACUGUGAAGCUGGUCCGUAUACCAAGACAAUAGCGAUUAAUGUUCUUAUCGAUUCUUGUAAUAAUCGUCUGGUUUCUGGAAUGACUGGUAUACCAGAUGACAAGAUUACAGCUUUAUCAUACUACAAAGAUAUUCUGCAUGACGACUCGCCGUAUUGCGCUCGUCUCAAUCAUACAAGCAAACCUCUUUGUGGUGGAUGGUCUCCCAUUGCUAUGAAUACGAGACAGUGGAUACAGGUGUCAUUUCCACAUUUUACCGUAGUACGAUCUAUAGUGACUGCGGGGAGAUAUACAACCGAAUCACGAAAUGAAUGGGUAACGGCUUACAGAGUUAUAUACAGUAAGGAUGGAAUAAACUGGGAUAAAUACAAAGAUAACAAAGGCAAAAUACUGAAUUUUGCAGCGAACUUUGAUAAAUCGACCCCGGUAUCUACUGUACUACCCAUACCUGUUGUUGCUAGAUAUCUUCGUCUACAACCGACAUCAUGGAACCAGAAGAUAUCUCUCAGAUUUGACGUGGUUGGAUGUUUACUACCUAGAGAGCUGCGUAUAACAAAGGAAGACACUGGGAAAUUAAACUUGCUCAUUCCGAAUCAUUUAGACAUCCAAUGUAACUACACUGGUCCAUUCAGACCUAACAUUGUGUGGUAUAAAGAUGGCGUUAGAAUCUUGGAUAGUUCUGGAUUCACGCAAACAGUAAACACGUCUUGGCUUGACGACAAGAUUGUGUCUACAGCUUCUCUGACAAGGGAGAUAACUAUGUACAAUGAUUCAGGACUGUAUACCUGUGUCGACAGAACGAGCAAACAAAAUAAGUCUGUCACAGUGGAAGCUGCACAAUUGAAAAUGAACCCAAAUUUUAAACGAGUAUGGGUUCUAAAAAAUACGGAGCUUGAAAUUUCUUGUAAAUAUUCUGGUUCAAAGACCAAACAAAUAUCAUGGACUCACAACAGCAAUAGAAAUGUACAAAGUUUAGGAUUUAAUGUGGUGACAAAAACCAAAUUUGAGCACAGUGUUUCCCACACUACAUCGACAAUAACCAAGGACACUACCACAUUGAAUAAUGUAAACAAUAUCACGUGUUCUGAAGGGGAUCUGUCUAGGACUAUACAAGUGAGAGUGUUGACAGGAGAGGGACAUUCACAGUAUUUGGUACUUGGUGAAGACUUGGUAUUAUCAUGUGAAAUAGGGAAAGUAGACGUCGCCACCGAAAUGUAUUGGACUAAAAAUCACAAGCCACUAAACAUGAUAGAAUCAUUGAGAGGGAAAUACAAAUACAGUUCUGACACUAUGACCUUAUCAAUUCAGAAUGCAGACAUAGUAGAUGCAGGUCAUUACGAAUGCAAUAUACUACUGGAAGUUGGGAGCAGCCAACAACAGCAUUUGACUUUACCCAUAGAAGUCAAUUCUAAACCUACGAUAACCCUGGAAGGACAGAAAGAGGUAAAGUCUGGAGACACGUUACAUCUAUACUGUAAAGUAACUGGUUACCCUGUUCCUACCAUAGCCUGGUAUAAAGAUGACAACCCAAUAACUGGUGGUGACAGAUUUAACUUUCUGCCUUACGAUGAAGCACAGAAAGGCCAUUUUGUUUUGUUUGAUAUUAAUUCGAGCGACAAGGGUAAAUACCAAUGUCGAGGAACUACAGCGGAAUCUGAAUUUGUAGAAUCGUUUCUGUUUAUAACAGUUAAAGGUAACUUAUUAACAGACAACUUGUUGAUUGUGUGUGUGGCUGUGACAGGUUCAGUAAUAGUUCUAGCUAUAGUAUGCUGUGCUGCAUGUAUCAGAUGUAAAUCAAAACAUAAGCAACCAAUGCUUAGGACUCCAUUGCAAAACAAACCUCUUCUAACAAGACGAUACGUUGAAAUGCAAGUUGUAACGCGUGACAAAAGUAUGACGUCAUUGGAAGAAAUUGACCAGCUUCCGCCUCCACCGCCGCCUGUUGAUCCAUGGGAGGAAGCAUCAACCAUAGACGAUUCUUCGUUGACAUAUGAACGAAUACCAAAAAUUCGCGACAGGCAAAUUUCGUCAGCUUAAAUAAGCUAACUUGAUCAACAUUUUCACAUUUGCAGAAAGUAUUCUACAAGAUGGAUAUUUUGCGUGUGUUAUGUGUAUAGAAUGACACUGAUUGAAACAUUAUGAUAUAAAACUAAUUAUCUUGUGUCAUUUGUGAUUC